UUCCGGAGAACUCAAGAUCGAUAAACACCCACCGGUAACCCGGCUCCACCUAUAUCUCCGGCGACCGGACGUUUCAAUUUUUCAUUUUGAUGAAAUGAUGACCACCGCGAUUCUCUCCUCUACGCACUCUUCUUCCGCCUCCGCCUUCCCGCCGGCCGCCUGUUCGGCCACACUCCAUUCUUCUUCCUCUUAUGCCGCUCCUUCUAUACUCAGUCUUCCUAGUAUAACCAAAAACUCCGGUGCGAGCAGGCUCCGUCUGCGUGCUCAGCUCUCCUCUUCGUCGCCCCGAAUGAUCGAGAAGGAAACGCCGGAGUCUCACCGGCCCGAUACGUUCCUGCGAGAUUCUGAUAACGGGAGCUUCUCCGGCGUGGGGAAUGAGUCCAAUUCCGUGAGGGCUCGCUUUGAGAAGAUGAUUAGGGAGGUUCAGGACAGCGUCUGCUCGGCCUUGGAGGCCGUGGAUGGAGAGGGGAAGUUUAAGGAAGACGUUUGGUCUCGCCCUGGCGGGGGCGGUGGGAUCAGUAGGGUUUUGCAGGACGGCGCUGUAUUUGAAAAGGCCGGCGUCAAUGUCUCCGUCGUUUACGGAAACAUGCCUCCCGAGGCCUAUCGUGCUGCCAAGCCCUCCGGCUCUGCCGCCGACAAUGGCAAUGUAAAGGCCGGCCAUGUUCCCUUUUUCGCUGCUGGGAUUAGCUCGGUUCUGCAUCCGAAGAACCCUUUUGCUCCAACUCUGCAUUUCAACUAUCGGUAUUUUGAAACCGAUGCUCCAAAAGAUGCUCCUGGAGCACCAAGGCAGUGGUGGUUUGGUGGUGGUACGGAUUUGACACCUUCUUACAUCUUUGAUGAGGACGUAAAACACUUCCAUUCGGUUCAAAAAAGUGCUUGUGACAAGUUUGAUCCCAGCUUCUAUCCUCGAUUCAAGAAAUGGUGUGAUGAUUAUUUUUAUAUUAAGCACCGUGGAGAGAGAAGAGGCCUUGGAGGAAUUUUCUUUGAUGAUCUAAAUAACUAUGAUCAAGAGAUGCUUCUUUCCUUUGCUACAGAGUGCGCGAAUUCCGUCAUCCCUGCAUAUAUACCAAUCGUAGAGAAGAGGAAGGAUACACCCUUCACAGACACUCACAAGGAAUGGCAACAACUACGUAGGGGGCGCUACGUAGAAUUCAACCUGGUUUAUGACCGUGGAACAACAUUUGGACUAAAGACCGGAGGCCGGAUAGAGAGUAUUCUCGUUUCUCUUCCAUUAACUGCACGAUGGGAGUACACCCACCAACCAGAAGAGGGGAGUGAAGAAUGGCGGCUAUUGGAUGCUUGUAUCAACCCAAAGGAUUGGAUCUGAGUUAAUCAAUCUACUUUGUUAGUGAUUUGUAAUUGUUUUGCUGGCAAUUGAUUUUUUAAAAUUUUGUUGUUUUCUUGUAUUAGUUGAGUUUGGAAUAUUUUGUGAAGGUUUAUUAACCUAGUCUUGAUAGAUCUAUUGGCUAAUGGCUAUUGCUUAGUUUUAUUACCUUAAUAUUGUAGCAUUCGUACUGUAGAAGAAUGGUGUUUGAUACAUAAUACUUCCUCUUUACCAUUUUAGUUUAA